GUCAUUUCUGCAUGAGCGCAUGAAAUGUGCUAACAUUUGCCGUGCCUCCCUCGAUACUUGUCUUGCUUCAACCCCUCUGACCGUGUUGUUCUUUGGUCCAUUUGUUGCUGCGGUAAAUAAACAGGGUCGUUUCUCCUCCCUCCUCGUUCUUUCUUCUUGUUGCUGUCUCUCUGUUCAACCAAGAGACAGGAUGAGCUUGAGAAAUGUCUAACGCUUCGUCGACUCUUCUUGGGCGUCGCUUCUGGUCUUGCGCCUGUGGAUCGGCGCAGACUCUGGGUUUGCGAGGAACGACCAUCACAACAGCGACAACGAGGAAUACCUGUCUGAAAGCCAGUCAAUCUACUGUCAACCCUUCCCUCCCUAGGCCGAACACCUUCAGACGGUCCAUACACUCCGGGUCACAACACUCGUUUCCUCGGCCGAACAUCCACAAUGCGCGACGAAGCUAUACAGGCAGCGGACUGCUGCUGGUUGGGUUUACCACAGAACUCGCGCCCACGCAAGCAUCGGCAGCUUGCGCAGUUGCUGCAGAAUCAGCUACGAACACCGGUCUGACGAAGAAGUCGAAUGUCUACCAACUGGCCCGGCAAGCAUGGAGACGAGGCAUACAUACCGAUCCGAGGGGUGCCGUGAACCCGGCCGAAAGGAGGCAUCAUAGCUCCAAGAGCGGAAAGCAGGAGGAAAAUGGCUCGACAACCCAGACGAAGCAGGAUACCCCCAAGGCUGGGGAGCAGGGCAAGCCAGACGCACCGGACCCUGACGCCGAAUCGAUCGCAUCCACCAUGUCGAAAUAUUUGCACAUUCCAAAGAUGCCGCACCGGCCCACCCGGGAUGAGCUAUUGGCCGCAGCGAACGGCUUCCUGGGUCGAAUGAAGGUUCGAUUCAAGUGGGCGUCUAUUAGGAGUAUGAGGCCGUGGAAUAUUGAUGAAUGGGGCGCCUUCGUUUCGUGGUUCCUGUUUGGCCAUCUCGUCUGGAUUUUGGUCGGUACCACCACCUUUUUCUCGCUGAUCAUUCUCAGCAUCAACACCGUCUUUGCGCAAGAAACCCUUGCCAAAUGGGUAGGCGAUUCUUUGACCGAGUCUGCAGGCGUCACGGUCGUCUUCGAAUCCGCAAUUGUUCCCAAGUGGGGAGAUGGCGUGAUCAGCUUCAAGAAUGUCUUUGUGUCACGGCGACCAGGACAGGUCAAGUCUUCGGUUAGUAAGGGCUCUUCCGAGAGCGCUGCGGCCAUGGCUGCGACUGGAAACCAGCCCGACCAGGACGGCCAAGUAUUGGAAGAGGAUGAUGGCAACUACACACAAUACGACGUGUCGAUCGCAACGGUCAACGUGACACUGUCAUUCUUAAAGUGGUGGAACGGCAAGGGUUUCCUGAAGGAUGUUGAGGUCAAGGGCGUUCGUGGUGUCGUUGAUCGCACGUCUGUGCAAUGGUCAGACGAGGUGGUCGACCCUCUAUCCUACCGCCAUACCCACGAACCCGGCGAUUUCGAGAUUGACUCUUUCAAACUCGAGGAUCUUCUCGUUACUGUUCAUCAGCCCAAGGGUUUCCGACCAUUCUCAGUCAGCAUCUUCUCCUGCGAAUUGCCACAGCUCAGGAAACAGUGGCUCUUUUACGACUUCCUAUCGGCAACCCAUAUGUCGGGGUCAUUUGAUGGCUCUUUGUUCACCAUUCACCCCCGUCAAGUACACGGUACUAUCGCUAGCGAGAAUGGAGACAUGGCAGAGGAUGUGGGCGAGCCGGCAGCUUGGAAGAAGUUCAGCCGCCUGCGCAUUGAUGGUCUUAAAAUCGACCACCUCAACCGUGGUGUAGAGGGACCUUUCGGCUGGAUCUACGAGGGUAAUGUCGACAUUGUCGCAGAUGUCAUGUUCCCCGCGGACGUUGACGAUGGCAUCACCAAAGCCAUGUCGGACCUUUACGACCAGCUCGAAGACGUCGUGAUAUCCAACCGCAUGCGUCUGCUCCAGAAGGAUCUGCUCGACAUCAAAAUCGUGGGCUCUUCCGCCUCGGAUCUCUGGGGAUCUACACCUACUAAGGGUCAUCUUUCCCAAGCUAUACCAGAGCUCACCGAAGAAGUCCCCGAGAAGUCCACAGACGCUGAGUCUUCCGACCCCUCUGGUUCUUCCGAGUCAUCAGAAGAAGACCGGAGAUAUUUAAUCAUGGAUCUCCGAAUCCACAUGAAUGAUGUCAAGGCCGCCGUACCCCUAUUCACAAAAGACAUCUCCUACAUCAACCAGGCGCUCGUUCGCCCCAUCGUGGCCUACAUCAACGCCAAGAAGACAUACAUCCCAAUCAACUGUCGCAUAGUCAAGCGCCACACCGAUUUCGACGGCAGCUGGUCCAUCUUUGACUGCGGUCUCAUGGACGACAUGUCGGCCGAGACCUACGAGGCUUUUGCACGCGACAUUGAGGACCAGCAAAGCCGCGUUCGUCGGCUGAAAAAGGUUGGCUUCUGGACUCUGUCUCUUGCUGUCCAUGCUCUCUUCAUGGGCAUGGCAGGCAAUGUCAUUUAAAAAACCUUACCCUCUCAACUCCCUCUUCUCUCUCCCCCUGGCUUCUUCUCCUGUUUUCCUGCCCUCUACGUGAGCACGGCUGUCUUUUAAUGAGCGCAUGAUAUUCGAAAACGGGUGGCGUUGUCUUUUUACAAAUCUUGUAUAGAUGGACAAAGGGAGGAAACAACAACCAUCAUGUACAUAUACAAAGGGCAAACAUCUCUGCACAGGAGGAAAGAAGGGGGUAUUGGGUUCCAUCAAACCGCUCAAUUCUUUUUUUCUUUCUUGUCUGGGAUUAUUUUCUGGGGAGACGAGGCGUUUUACACGGGGAACAUGAGGUAUACGGGGAAGAGCAAACAACAAAAUAAUUGAUACCCCCUUGUUUUUGACAACAUACAUCUGACCAAAGACCGCGUCGCUCGUGAUGUUGACGUGUUGGACACAGUCGUAUUUCGACGCUGUGAGUCACUCGGAAGAUACUUUCAAGGCAUGAAAUUCAUUCGCUGGCAGCAUGACGCGCGCGCGCAUGAAUAUCAAACUCGCGUGCCGCCAAGGAUCCUGGGCGACGCUUAUCGCAACCACAAACAUACACUACACUUCUCCACAAAGCUUUCCCCCAGCGGACCCUUGUUUUCGGUUGCAUGAAGCUGUAUAGCCUAGUUACAGGUCUCUUCCCCCCGC